GAGUCAAAGUUAGCUCCUGAGGACCCCAUACAACGUUAGAAAAUUGCGGUCUCAAAACAUCAAUUUAUAACCACAUUACCUAACAUGUCGGAACCACCCUUAAAAACCAACACCACCACAAUCUCUCUCGCCUUUCUGCCCCCCCUCUCUCUCUCUUCCUCUCUCUGUUCUUCUCUCUCUGGUCUGUCAUCUCCGUCUAUGCCUGCCUCGGCCUCGUCGUCCCCUCCGUGGACGGCGAAAAUGGCUCCCUCAACGACUACCACCACCAUCUCCAGCUCCUCUUCCACAGUCACCACCACCAACAGCACCGCCACCACCACCACCUCAUCUCUUCAAGUCCCCUUCCAACUCCUCGAAAUCACCCUCAUCUCCGCCCAAGACCUCGCACACGUCUCCAAAUCGAUGCGCACCUAUGCCAUGGCAUGGGUCGAACCUGACCGGAAAUUCACCACCAGGCCCGGACAACAAGGCCAUGCAAACCCUACAUGGAAUGACAAGUUUGUGCUGAAAGUAGACGACCAAUUUCUAACCUCGGACAACUCCGCAGUCAUGGUGGAGAUAUACACCACCUCAUGGUUGCGACACACCCUAGUUGGGACCGUCCGCGUGCUCAUCAACAACCUCAUACCACCCUCCACGAGGUCUAUAAACAACACGAGCACCAGAUUCGUCGGCCUUCAGAUACGCCGGCCCUCAGGCACACCUCAGGGUAUACUAUACCUGGGGGUUUCUAUUUUAGAUACUAGAAACAUGAAGCUCGCGUGCUCUUCCGUUGGAUUUUGCGAAAUAAAGAAUAGAGAUUCUGUUCAACCUGGUGACAAAGCGGAGGAAAAAAAUAAUAAUGAGGGUGUCAAAGAGGACAAUGACAAGAAAGAGGAGGAGGAGAAAAAGGAGGAAAUGAACGAAAAGGUCCAACUAUGGCGAUCCCGGAGCGUGGGGUCGGAAGAGGACUUUCCGGUGAAACCCGAUUUGGUGUACAACGAAUCAACAGUAAACGGGUCGGUGUGCAACAGCUCGAUGGUGAAUGAGUCGGAGCUCAGCUCCGAUGUGGGGCCAUCGGCGUCAAUUGUGGCGGCGGAGAUAGCGAAAGGGUCGUAUCCGCAGCAGCAGAAGCAGCUGGCAGAGGCAAAGGCCGGGGCGGACGAAACGGGGAGCUCCAUAGUGGAGGACUUGACGGUGGAGGAAGCGACCGCGAAAGGGUACAAAUUGAAGAAUGAGAGUAAGCGGAAUGAGAGACAUUCGACGGAUGAUCAUGAUUUGAUCGUGGCGAAAUCGAACCGCGGGCAUCCCCGGAGGCAUUCCGAUGGAGGAGGGUUGUUUUCUUGUUUUGGCAAUGCAUAUGGGUUUGAGUUCACCAUUGUGUGUGGGGCUCCUUAUAGCAAUAACAAUAACAACAACAAAAAUAAGAAGAAGAGAGUGGGUAAUAACAAGAAUGCCCUUAGCCCUCCAAAUGAUCUGAACCUACGUAGGUCACAUAGAAGUGCAUGAGGAUUGGAUUAUUAUGAUCACAUCGAUCCACAUGAGAUAGUACAAAUAAUGAUGUGCGUUGAUUGAUGUAAAGUUUGGGAGUGGGUGUAGGAUUAUUAAUCUUCCUUAAUUGUAUUUAAUUUUCUCUUUUGCUUCCAAUUGUUUUCAGAUGUUCUUGAAAACAGGAAUGAGAAGAAAGGGUUUACCCGAGGAUGUAGAAGGGUAUGUUUAUAUAAUUUUUUCAUUUAAUUUAAGUUUAUUGUAGUAAAGGGGGUUGGGCUUUCUGUAUUACUAUUGUUUUGGUGAAUGGAUUUUUAUGUAUGUUUGAUUAUGGAUUUCUAUCUUUAGUAUUUGUUAUCAUAAUCAUUAUCUGAUGAUGAUACUGGCCAGUUAUUUAAAUUUUUUUUUUCCUUUUUCCUGUUUAGAGUAGAAAAUGACUACUUUGAUGAAUGCUUUAAUUUUGACUGUUCAAAUUUAUCACCGCAUAGGCAUCACGGUUGGUAAUCUUUAGCGACACAAUUCAAAUUUAUUACAGCCGACACUAUUAAAUUUUGAGGAUAUUUAAUCUCACUCA